AUGCAGGGCAGCCCGGACACGGCUUUUCCGACGCUCCACAGUCUCCAACCAGGCGUCCAGCAGCACCAGCAGCGCGACCAGCCCAUCCCCGUCUCUGGCGAUCCUCAUCAGCGUCUGACGCUCACCGACCCGUACGCGGCGAUUAGAGCGGCUCAGAUGGACCAGCGAGUACAUCAGGACGCGUCGGUGAACGCAGGCGGCGGCCUUCUGGUCGGCGCUGGAGGAGCGGGAGCAGUCCGUCCCUCAGCAACCGUCGGGGCAGGUUCUGGGUCUGGAAACGCCGCCAAGGGCGCUUCGACGAACAGUGGAGGAGCAUCGACCGCGAGGAAGCGGACGGCGGACGACUUGGCGAGCGGCGGAGGAUCGACCAGGGCCGGCGGACGAGGGAACGGAGGGACAGCCGAGAAGAAGAAGCGGAGCAAGGCGGCUUGCGCGAGCUGCAAGAGCGUCAAGCAGAAAUGCGAAGGGCCGCCUUACGUCCCUUGCCGACGAUGCGAGCUCUACAAACUCGAGUGCAAGUUCCCGCCCGGCACGAAGACGAUCCCCCGACCUCCCGAUAGCCCGGCGGCGGACACUAGCUCGAGCGAACCUGCGGUUCUCAGCAGGAUGGAGAAGCUUCUCUUCGAGAUGACGACGCGUAUGCGGACUGUCGAGUCUGCGCUCCACAUCAACCCUUCCGCCAACGCGGCCGACGACGACUCCGUCGAUGCCUUCCCCAACCGCGACCGUUCUCCCUCUCCUAACUCGUCCGAAGACGGCAACGACACGGACGACAACGCGAGCGUCACGAGGCAUCUCGCUGCCUCGGCAAACCCGCUUCACGAGAUCAACGCCACGAUCGACUCAAUCCAGGGUGCGCCGGCGCCGCGCAUGUCGGUGAUGGAGAUGAGCGACUACGGUUCGCCGGACGUCCUGCGGCGCGGGGUGUUGAGCCCGGACGAGUGCCAGCAGCUCUUCGACUUUUUCUUCGCUUCGCUUCAUCCGUGGGUGAUGAUGCUCUCCCUUGACGAGGACCGCAACGCCAUGGCGGUACGAACCAAGUCGCCCCUCCUCUUCCACACGAUCCUCCUCCUCGCGACCGCCUACUCCUCGCCCUUCCCUCAGCAACUCCACCUCACCCUCGUCACCUUCCUCAACGCCAUUCUUGCUCCGCAACUCCUCAAUCCGCAGCCACACGAGCUCACGACCGACUUCCUGCGCGCGAUCGACCUCCUCAACCUGUACAAGCCGACCCAGUUCGGCGCGCGACGACUCGAAGGUCUCGACGACAAAGACGCGAUGCGACACUCGAAGCUCAACGGUCUCGCGAGCUGGAUGCUGCAAGGUAUCCUUGCGCGUACGGCAGAACGACUGGACCUGAAGGACGUUGUGAGCAAGUUCUCGCGCGCCUACUCGGCCAGCGCGAGCGGUCAGCCGAUUCCGAAGGACCUCUUGCGCGACCUCCGGCUCUACUACUGGCUACUUUCGAACGACGUACACGGAAACGUCCAGAGCGGAAGGAGGUGCAAUAUGGAGGGCGCGCAGGCGCUCACCACGACCCGGCUGUUCUCCUCGCUCGCCCUUCAGCCGUUCGACGUUCGCCUCGCCGCCUCAGUCGAGAUGUUUGAAGUUGCGCGCCCGAUCCUCCGAAGCUACAGCUACGAGCGCACGCGGAGAAUCCCCAAGCCCGACCUCGAGCGGUACAACCAGGGUAUGCGCUCGUUCGACGACACCUGGAUCCCGGUGCUCAUUCGCCAGCUCGGAGUUGACCCGCUCGCAAUGACGGUCAUCUCGCCUUUCAGGGAGUUCAUCACCCUCCAGUUCCACGUCACCUGCUACACCUCGUGGAAGAACACGCGCAUGUACGCCUCGUCGGACGGCUCGAGCAGCGAAGGCCGACCGUCGAGCAGCAGCGACAACCGACCGAAGCGGAUGCGUACCGACGGACCGCGCAGCCUGAAUGACUGGGAGUACGAAGGCAUCCAGCGCCUCGUCAAGUCGGCCGAGUUCCUCCUCUUCUCGCUCAGCGAGGAGAGCCGGGUCGUCGGCCAGUGGAGGAAGGUGCAGUGGGAGGAGGCGGAGCGGUCGGAUGGCUGGAGGAAGCUCAUCCUCGACGACCAGAUGGUGGAACAGAGCAAGUGGGGCAUGGACGCGAUUACUUGCGUCGCCUACGCCUUCCCCAUGACUUUCCUCACCAAGCUCAUCGGAGAGGGCCUCGUGACGGCGAACCUCGUCGUCAACCGCACCCCGACUCCCCAACCGCCCUGGCUCUAUACCCAGAAGCUCCCUCGCCUCCUCGAACUCGGGGCCGCCUUUCUCGAUGCUGUUGCGACGAACGACUUGCACCCUUCGCGCGCGCAGGCGAACGUCGUGCGAAUGCUGCUCGAGACGGGCGUCAAGGGUCGCUUGCCUUCGCCGACUGCCAACAACGCCCCUAUCUCGUUCGCCGGCGCGGCCAACUCCUUCGCGCCCGGCCAGGCACAGCAGCAGCGCGUCCAGCAGGCGCCUGCGGCCUACCCUCCUGCGGCACACCCGUCCUGGGCGACGUCGCAACCGCCUCCGCCUGGCCAAGUCUACGGCGCUGGCGCCGGCAUCUACGCGACUGUCCCGCCCAACUCGAACCCGACUCCUCCGACCGCUGCGGCCGUGCCGAUGGACGACGCGCUCGGACUCGUCUUGAACGACUUUGAGCCGCUGUUUGGCGAGUCGUGGCAGUGGGGUUUCGGGCCGAGCAGCGCGGAUCCGCAGACGAUGCCGACGCCGCAGACGAGCAGGUUGACACCCGCUGCGUUGGGCCAGCCUGGGUCGGACGUCGACUGGUCGGCAGUGUCGGCUCUCACGAACCCGCUCGCGCCGCCGCCCAACUAA